CAGAUUAUGCUCUGUGCCUGGCGCAGCGUGUUUGCCGACGCGGAAUCCACAUUGAGCCGGUGACAGCACUUGGAGGCUACCAUGGCUUGUUGUGACAUCAAAGUGUCAGAGAAAGACCACAUCGAAUGGAUACCUAUCUAUUUCUUCUGCAAACUGACCGCAUUAUGAAAUUUAAAAGGUCGGCACUGAAUCUGAAACAGCAUGAUAGAUUUACAAACUCAAGGUGCGCGCUAGGCUAGUUGGAACGGAAGAGAGGAAGCCGGUGGAUGUGUCUGAAAACUCGUCACUUUUCACGAACUAUUUUGUAUUUUGAACUCUUAUUAAUGACAGUGUCUAGUCGACCAUGUCUACUCCAAUGCACCCGGAAACAAGGAAAUUUACAAGAGGACUAAGUAAACCGGGGACGGCGGCAGAACUCCGCCAGAGCGUCUCUGAGGUGGUCAGGACGUCAGUAUUUGUUGCGAAGCCGAAGGUGAUCGAGCCGCUGGACUAUGAGAGCGUGCUGGUCCAGAGGAAGACCCAGAUCCUCAGUGAUGUCCUCCGGGACAUGCUGCAGUUCCCCCUGGAGGACUUCCAUAUAUCAACUCUAAGACGCCAAAUAAGGACUGUUUACCCUUCAGUGCCUGAUAAUGCAGAGAGGGAGGCUCAGAGUCUCUUCGUCCAAGAGUGCAUCAAGAGCUACAAUUCCGACUGGCACGUUGUUAAUUACAAGUAUGAGGAUUACUCAGGAGACUUCCGCCAGUUACCCAACAAGGUGUCCCGGCCAGACAAGCUGGCAGUCCAUGUAUUUGAAGUGGAUGAAGAUGUGGACAAAGAUGAGGACACGGCUUCCCUCGGCUCCCAGAAGGGGGGCAUCACCAAGCAGGGCUGGCUCUACAAAGGCAACAUGAACAGUGCCAUCAGUGUCACCAUGAGGUCUUUCAAGAGAAGAUACUUCCACCUCACUCAGCUGGGCGAUGGAUCGUACAACCUGAGCUUCUACAAGGAUGAAAAGAUCUCCAAGGAGCCCAAGGGGACGAUAUUUCUGGACUCCUGCAUGGGCGUGGUGCAGAACAACAAAGUCCGGCGCUUUGCAUUCGAGCUUAAGAUGCAGGAUAAGAGCACGUACCUGCUGGCCGCAGACAGCGAGGUGGAGAUGGACGACUGGAUCGGAACGCUCAACAAGAUCCUGCACUCCAGCUUUGAGCUCGCUAUGCAGGAGAAGAGGAAUGGAGACCUACAUGAUGAUGAUGAUCUGGGGAAAGCAGACAGUUCCUCUGGAAGUAUGGAUAGCUUUCAGAGUGCCAGAGACAUUGAAGCAAAGAUGAGGAAUGAAACCAGGCUGAAGCUUUUCACACUGGACCCAGACAUACAGAAACUUGACUUCUCAGGAAUCGAGCCAGACAUUAAGCAGUUUGAGGAAAAGUUUGGCAAGCGCAUCCUAGUGAAUUGCCACGACUUGGCCUUCAACCUGCAAAGCUGUGUUGCUGAAAAUGAGGACGGACCAACGACUAAUGUGGAGCCCUUUUACGUCACACUGUCCCUCUUUGACAUUCAGAACAGCAGGAAGAUCUCCUCCGACUUCCAUGUGGAUCUGAAUCACACGUCCGUCAGGCAGAUGGUGCCCAAUCCCAGUGCUCAGCUCAUGAAUGGAGGCGGGGACAGUCUGCCGGGCAGUCAAAAGCUGGCCAAUGGGCUGCCAGAGGGUGCCAUGCAGUACCCUAAAAAAGGAGUCUUCUCUGUGACCUGCCCUCACCCUGACAUAUUCCUGGUGGCCCGGAUAGAGAAGGUCCUGCAGGGCGGAAUCACACACUGUGCUGAGCCCUACAUGAAGAGCUCAGACUCUGCAAAGGCUGCACAGAAGGUGCUGAAAAAUGCCAAAUUGGCCUGCAGCAGGCUGGGCCAGUACAGGAUGCCUUUCGCUUGGGCCGCAAGGCCCUUGUUUAAAGAUGCAUCAGGGACACUGGACAAAUCGGCCCGCUUCUCCGCAAUCUACAGACAAGACAGCAACAAGCUAUCUAACGAAGACAUGUUCAAACUGCUAGCAGACUUCAGAAAGCCAGAGAAGAUGGCCAAGCUUCCCGUGAUCUUAGGAAACUUAGACGUUACCAUUGACAGCGUUCCCCCCGACCUGCCCAAUUGCGUUUCCUCAUCCUACAUUCCGGUGAAGCAGUUUGACGUCAGUGAGAGGGACGUAAUGUUUGAAGUGGAGGAGUUUGUGCCCUGCAUAGCCAAGUGCUCCCAGCCUUUCACCAUCUACAACAAUCACCUCUAUGUCUACCCCAGGCACCUCAAGUAUGACAGCCAAAAGUCCUUCGCCAAGGCAAGGAACAUAGCUGUGUGCAUUGAGUUCAAGGAUUCAGAUGAGGAGGAGGCGGCUCCACUCAAGUGCAUCUACGGUCGACCAGGUGGUCCUCUGUUUACCAAAAAUGCCUUUGCUGCAGUAUUACACCACCAGCAGAACCCUGAGUUCUACGAUGAGUUUAAACUUGAGCUGCCCACCCAGCUCAAUGAGAAGCACCAUCUCCUCUUCACCUUUUUCCACAUCAGCUGUGACAGCAACAGCAAAGCGAGCACCAAGAAAAGGGAUGUUGUGGAGAACUUCGUGGGCUACGCCUGGCUCCCUUUGCUGAAGGACGGGAGGGUGAUCAUGAACGAGCAGCAGAUCCCCGUGGCAGCCAACCUGCCUGCUGGCUACCUCAGCUGUCAGGAGGGCAUCAGCAAGCAGCACUCCAGCCCUGAGAUGAAGUGGGUGGAUGGGGGCAAGCCUCUGUUCAAAGUGUCCACGCACCUCGUCUCCACAGUCUACGCUCAGGACCAGCAUUUGCACAACUUCUUCCAUCACUUUCAGAGCAUGGAUUCAGCUGCUCAGGUGUCGGCAGGAGAGCUGGUGAAGUACCUGAAGAGUCUCCACGCCAUGGAGAGUCACGUGAUGAUCAACUUCCUGCCCACCAUCCUGAACCAGCUCUUCCGAGUGCUGACCAGCGCCACCCACGAGGAAGUGGCGGUGAAUGUGACCAGGGUUAUGAUUCAUGUCGUUGCCCAGUGCCACGAGGAGGGUCUGGAGCAUUACUUGCGCUCAUAUGUAAAAUACGUAUUCAAGAACGAGCCGUACGCAGCCAACAGCACCAGGACAGUCCAUGAGGAGCUGGCCAAAGCCAUGACUGCAAUCCUGAAGCCCUCCACUGACUUCCUGACCAGCAACAAGCUGCUGAAGUACUCUUGGUAUUUCCUUGAAGCCUUAGUGAAGUCCAUGGCCCAGUACUUAAUUGAGAGUGGUCGGGUUAAGCUUUCCAGAAACCAGCGCUUCUCUGCCUCCUUCCACCACACGGUGGAGACCCUGGUCAACAUGAUGAUGCCCCACAUCACGCAGAAGUACAAGGACAACCUGGACGCGGCGCGCAACGCCAACCACAGCCUGGCCGUCUUCAUUAAGCGCUGUUUCACGUUCAUGGACAGAGGCUUCAUGUUCAAGCAGAUCAACAACUACAUCAACUGCUUCAUGCCAGGAGAUCCCAAGACUUUGUAUGAGUUUAGGUUUGAGUUCCUUCGAGUGGCUUGCAACCAUGAACACUAUAUUCCCUUGAAUUUGCCUAUGCCUUUUGGAAAAGGAAGAAUCCAGAGAUUUCAAGCAUUACUUUCCUCCAACAUGGAGUCACAUGAUACUCCUGUAGAUCUCCAGCUAGAUUACUCGCUGACAGACGACUUCUGCAAAAACCACUUCCUGGUUGGCCUACUGCUGCGAGAAGUGGGCGGGGCUCUGCAGGAGUUCCGAGAGAUCCGGCAGAUUUCCAUCCAGGUGCUGAAGAACCUCAUGAUCAAGCACACCUUCGAUGACCGCUACACAUCAAAGAGCCAGCAGGCCAGACUGGCCACCCUGUACCUUCCCCUCUUUGGGCUCCUCCAGGAGAAUGUGCACCGGCUCAACGUGAAGGAGGUCUCCCCGUUCGUCAACCACUCCAAUAAUAAUGGACGAGAUGACCCUCUUCUCACAAACGUGAACAUGACUCCUCCGAGAUCAAGCACCAUCCUCGAGAACAGCCUUCAUAAGGAUGUGUUUGGGGUCAUCUCUGGCACAGCUUCGCCUCACGCGACCUCCACGCCCAACAUCAACGCCGUCCGCCACGCAGACUCCCGCGGCUCCCUCAUCAGCACCGACUCCGGCAACAGCCUGUCUGAGAGGAACCACGAGAAGGCCAACUCCCUAGACAAGAACCAGCCGGCCUCAGCCCUGGGCAGCUCCAUGCUGCGCUGUGACAAACUGGAUCAAGCUGAGAUCAAGAGCCUCCUCAUGUGCUUCCUGCACGUCCUCAAGAGCAUGUCCGAGGAUGCUUUGUUCACGUACUGGAAUAAGGCUUCCUCUGGUGAUCUGAUGGAUUUCUUCACACUCAUUGAAGUAUGCCUUCAUCAGUUCAGAUAUAUGGGGAAAAGAUACAUUGCGAGGCACCAGGAAGGGGCGGGACCCAUAGCACAUGAGCGGAAGUCUCAGACUCUGCCUGUGUCCCGUAACAGGGCGGGAAUGAUGCAUGCCCGCUUACAGCAGCUCAGCAGCCUGGAUAACUCAUACACUUUUAACCACACCUACAGCCACUCGGACGCCGAUGUGCUGAACCAGUCGCUGCUGGAGGCCAACAUGGCCACAGAGGUGUGCCUGACCGUGUUGGACACCCUCAGCAUCUUCAUCAUGGGCUUCAAGACUCAGCUCUGUGCAGACCAUGGGCACAACCCCCUAAUGAAGAAGGUCUUCCAGGUCCACCUCUGUUUCCUGCAAAUUAACCAAUCAGAGACAGCCCUUAAGCAGGUCUUCACCUCCCUCAGGACCUUCAUCUACAAAUUCCCUUGCACGUUUUUCGAGGGGCGUGCAGACAUGUGCGCCGCCUUCUGCUAUGAGAUCCUGAAGUGCUGCAACUCCAAACUGAGCUCCAUCCGCAGCGACGCCGCCCACCUGCUCUACUUCCUCAUGAAGAGCAACUUUGACUACACGGGCCGCAAGUCCUUCGUCCGCACACACCUGCAGGUGGUCAUUGCCGUCAGCCAGUUAAUCGCUGAUGUCAUUGGGAUCGGUGGGACCCGUUUCCAGCAGUCUCUCUCCAUCAUCAACAACUGUGCCAACAGCGACAAGACCAUCAAAAACACAGCGUUCCCGUCGGACGUGAAGGACCUGACCAAGCGGAUCCGCACGGUGCUGAUGGCCACGGCUCAGAUGAAGGAGCACGAGCGUGACCCGGAGAUGCUGGUGGACCUGCAGUACAGCCUGGCCAAGUCCUACGCCAGCACCCCAGAGCUGCGCAAGACCUGGCUGGACAGCAUGGCCCGCAUACACGUGAAGAACGGUGACCUCUCAGAGGCAGCCAUGUGUUAUGUGCACGUCGCAGCUCUGGUGUCGGAGUACCUGAGGAGGAAAGGAAUGUUCAAGCAGGGAUGUUCAGCCUUCAGGGUGGUCACGCCCAACAUUGAUGAGGAGGCCUCCAUGAUGGAGGACGUGGGGAUGCAGGACGUGCAUUUCAACGAGGACGUGUUGAUGGAGCUCCUGGAGGAGUGUGCGGACGGUCUGUGGAAGGCUGAGCGUUACGAGCUCAUCUCCGAUGUCUACAAACUCAUCAUCCCCAUCUAUGAGAAGCGCCGGGACUUUGAGAAACUGGCUCAUCUGUAUGACACGCUGCACCGGGCCUACAGCAAAGUGACGGAGGUCAUGCACACUGGCAAACGGCUGCUGGGCACCUACUUCAGAGUGGCGUUCUUUGGCCAGGCGGCGCAGUACCAGUUUACUGACACUGGGAGUGAGGGGUUCUUUGAGGAUGAGGAUGGGAAGGAGUAUAUCUACAAGGAACCCAAACUCACCCCUCUGUCUGAGAUCUCCCAGAGGCUCCUCAAACUCUACUCAGACAAGUUUGGCUCAGAGAAUGUGAAGAUGAUUCAAGACUCUGGCAGGAUAAACCCUAAAGACUUGGACUCCAAGUAUGCCUACAUCCAGGUGACUCACGUGACGCCUUAUCUGGAGGAGAAGGAACUAGUGGACAGGAGGACAGACUUUGAGAAGAGCCACAACAUCCGCCGCUUCGUCUUUGAGAUGCCCUUUACCGUGUCGGGCAAACGGCAGGGCGGAGUUGAGGAGCAGUGCAAAAGGAGGACCAUUCUGACCACCACGCACUGUUUCCCCUACGUGAAGAAGCGCAUUGCCGUCAUGUACCAACACCACACAGACCUGAACCCCAUCGAGGUGGCCAUCGACGAGAUGAGCAGGAAGGUGGCCGAGCUGAGGCAGCUGUGCUCCGCCAACGAGGUGGACAUGAUCCGCCUCCAGCUCAAGCUGCAGGGCAGCAUCAGUGUCCAGGUAAACGCAGGACCGCUCGCUUAUGCCAGGGCUUUCUUGGAUGACGCCAGCACCAAAAAGUAUCCUGACAACAAGGUGAAGCUACUCAAAGAAGUGUUCAGGCAAUUUGUGGAGGCCUGUGGGCACGGUCUGGGCAUCAACGAGCGCCUGAUCAAAGAGGACCAGCAGGAGUACCAUGACGAGAUGAAGGCCAACUACAGGGACCUGGCCAGAGAGCUGUCUGCCAUCAUGCACGAGCCAAUCAGCCCGGUGGAAGAGGGCAUGAAGAGCGUUCUUCCCGACUCGCUGCACAUUUUCAACGCCAUCAGCGGCACGCCCAACAGCGCCACCAUCCAGGGCAUUCCCAGCUCCUCCUCCGUGGUGUGAGGGGGGGGGGGGGGUCCCUCUCCUCCGUGCGCCUGCCCAUCAUACCUGGCCAGUGGGAACACCUGUCCACCUCUCUUCAGCUCUCUCUCCCUUCUGAGUUCUCCAUCACAGAUGCGGAAUCUGCCAACUGCCAUUUGCAACAGUAUCCCUUGCACAGGCUCAACCUUCAGUUGGGCUUCAUGACUUGUGAGAGGCCUGCUCGUUGCUUCUUUGACAAAACACUACAUGGGGCCAUUGUUGAGUCUAUGGUCUGUUGUCCAUAAACAUUCAUGUGUGUGGCUAGGAGGCGUUGGGCUUCAUGAGAGAGGGUGAUGGCAGAGGAUGGCCAUAGUGCUUCAGAGGUGCACAGGCUUGGGCUGACACUUCUGGACUUGGUCUGGGUUUGUUCACUAGUGUUUCCUGUGGAGACAUCCCAUUAGGGAUUCUUAAAUGUUAAAAAAAUACAUGUACACACACACACACACACACACACACACACACACACACACACACACACACACACACAUGCAUGAAUUACUCAGCCAACCUUUUAGUCAAUUUAAUAUUAUUUUAUUCAUCUGUAUUGUUUAUUUACGAUUAUUUUAUAUGUACAGUACUCAAAUUUCCAUACUCUAGUUCUAUUUUACUUGUGGCACAGAACCUGAUAUCUCUUCAUUCACUUGUGUUGUAUUUUUACAAAGUAGCAUUGUGUCGCACAGAUUGCUCUUUGAACCCUGGAGCAGUCAGUCACUUCAGUGUCUUAGACUGAGAAUCUUAACUGUUGGAAGCCAUGGCAUAAGUAUAUUCCAAGCUGUCUAUUAUUGUACAUACAAAAGGAGUGCAAUAUUUGCAAGAACUCUUGCUGUGUUUAUUUCAUACACUGUAAAGAUUAUGUUCAUUCUUCUUGCCAAAGUGAUGAAGCGUGAAACCAGUGACGGAGCCUACUGUGGAUGUAAUAUGAAGCUUUUACCAUUUUAGUGUUCCUUUUAAGUGUUUAAUGAAAUCGUUUUAUAUUUGGGAAGGAAUGGGUUUUUUUUAUUUUUAUUUAACAGAAUGUCCCUGUUCUGCUGUAUUUAAACAGAAAUGUCCCCCUAAUACUUCUCUUUUAAAUAAAAGCCAUUCAGUUCUCUCUGAA